CUCAAUACAUUGAACACUAACCAACUCUAUAAAGGGACCAUCUCAAGAUGACUGAAAACCAAUAUGCAAAUACAGAUUUAUGGAUCAAGAUUAAUCUAAACAGAAUGUACAUAAAAGAGAUAGAAAUUGCAAAGCUGUUAUAUGAUGAACUUGGAAAAACUGAAGGAAUACUAGGUGUUCAAAAGAUUCAAGCAAAUAGUAGAUCUAUUGCGAUUGUGUACUGUGCUGAUGAAGCUAUGAAGCAAGAAGUUCUUGCCGUGUCACAAAUAACAUACCAAGGAGAGACACUUCGUUUAGCCAGUUACACCCCAGAACUCUUGCGACCAUCUGAAAGAGUAUCUAUACACGGCAUACCGUUACAUGUUUCAAACCGUGACGUCGAAGACUGGAUUAGUGAGCGAGUAGACAUUACCAGUCCGAUUCAAUAUGCCUUCAAAGAGGAAAAUCAAAUCCGCAUUAAUUCAGGAAAUAGAUUUGUAUAUGGGCGUGUGAAGCAGGAUGUAGUUUUUCCAAGGUAUAACUCUAUGCUUAUAGAGGACCCUGGUACCCCCAGCAAAUUGAUUGAGAUUGAUACUACGAUCUAUAUCAAUUCCCAACCAAUCAAUUGUUACCGUUGUAAGGAGAUAUCACACCUUGGUCGUGACUGCCCUACCAGAAAAACUGUAACCUGCCGUCAGUGCUUUCAACCAGGUCAUUUUGCCAAAUUUUGCCCUCAGAACAAUACAAAAGAUGAUGACAGUAAUGAUAAUGACAGUGAUUCUGAGAUUGACUCUGUGAAGUCCGUAAUUCGUAAUGAAAAACCUGUUGAAUCAGUCAGCUCUACUGAAUCAACACCAGCCACACCACAAGCCACACCAGUAGUAGAUGUAGCAGCAUCAGGCGACACACAACCUACAAAUACCACCAGUGUAGAUAGCUUGGAGGUUCAACCUGCCAAUGUGAUCACUAAUAGUGCUCCUACCAAACCUGAGAGUAAAACUGAUGAAGCAGCAUCAGGGGACCCACUAGCUACUAAUACCACCCGCGUAGAUAGUUUGGAUGAAGUGUCUGGUAGCGCUUCUGCCAAACCUGACAGCAAAACUUUCCCCAUUUUUGAUAAAAAAGUGAAGAGUAAAAAAAGACCGCCAAACUUUACACCCCCAAGCACAGAAAAAAACUCGAAAAAAUCUUCAAAGUCAAAAAUUCGUAUCUAAACAAGUAUAAUACAUAAAUAUCCAACCCAAUGUCUGUAUGAGAGU